CAGCUGCGAAGAAAGCCCCUUUCGCCAUCCUCGACUGGUAAUCCCCUCCCUCAUCAACUCGGUUGCCAAACCCUUGGCGACUUACUUACGCAUAUCGGUCCGCUUCGAAACAUCAGCCCCGAGAUAUCUUAUGUUGGUUCAUCUCUUCCAUUCCAACACCACGACACCCAUUGACCCAUCCUGGAUCGGCGAGCACUGCAACUCUACAUGCGAUAAUAGCUCGUAUCGGCAUCUGAAACGGACCCCAUCAACACACCAUGCAGCCUGCUCCGAAACUUAAGGUUUCGCCAAUAUAUCCCUCAUCCACCAUCGUCGGUCGGUCCGGCCCCCAACAUACGGCAACGCGGACCAACUCCCUUCCUGCCCCUGUUUUUGACCCGCGAGAGCUGAUCUUCCCCGAGACCUGUGGGUCGCUCUACAAGUGCCGUCGUCUCCGAUGCGUGCCGAGGCGCCUCCGGCCGCCACCUGCCAUGUAUCCGGUUCCGACCCCAAGACAUGCGUUGCGGGCUUUCACGGCAACCUACCCGUACAACCAAUGUACGCAUACAGAGCACGCAGCAACUGAGACACUGAAGAAUUCCUCUCGCCAGCCACGUAUCUCCCUUGAGCGGCGCUGUACCGCAGCCCGGGAACCAUCCGUCCCUGCAAUCGGCUCAGGCCGUCGGUGUGGCUCCAUUCGGGAAAACCCCCACGUCCAAGUCCAUAUUCACCCGACGUUCGCUAAAAUACCACCUCUAUUGGGGGAGACACCGACGCUCGUCCGAGAUUGUGAGCGUUGUCUGCCACCCCCAGAACACACGGUUCGUUUCGCCAAUCUACUCACCCGCUUCGUCCACAGUCAAACCGCAGCUUGCCAUCGUUUCAAACUUAUUGUGACAAACGGCGCAGUUGGAAUUAGGAGGAGCUUGAUGACAUAAAAAUAGGUCGCUGAUUCCAAGCAGUUUGUCGCCUUUGCAUUGCACGCAAGCCCUUGUCGCACCCGCUGAUUCAGGGCUAUCCCUGUCAUGGCUUCGUCUCUCCCCAUGUAUGUUUUUCAGCGGCCCGGAUGCUGCAUGGUCCGCUUGGCAUUUCCCGUCCAAAAUACCCUAGGUCACUUGCCGCCAUCAUCCUUUCAGUAACAGUGCAGUGUCAGACAAUACCAUACUCACGACCACCGGCGAGACCUGGUUCCCGUCCGCAAUCGGAGCCUU